AUGCCCAACGACGAAAACGCCAAGGAAAACUCUAACAAUCAUGCUUUUUGUGUGCCAGCAGGCUAUGCCAAGAGUGAAUGGUUCUUGGACACUCAGGAUCUAAAACCUCUCGAAUACGAGCAAAAGGGUGGCCGAUACUACGGCGGCUGCUUCAAACUCUACCAACCAGCAGUACUGGAAGCGCUGGCAGAAAAGAAGUAUGGAAAGAAUCGAUUGGCCAACUUUAGACAGGAGAGAGAAGACAAAAUCCAACGCAAGCGGGAUCGAGAGCUCAAGAACCAAGAAGAAGAGCGUAAGCAACAGAAACGAGAACUGGAACAAAAGCGCCAGCAAAAGCUCCUGAGAAAGAAGGAGAAAGAUAGACCUUGCAAAGCCGUUUGUGCUGGCGAGCAUUAUCGAAGACUUCAUCGCCCAGCCUUUCGAAAGGAAAAUCCAACGGGAUCCGGUUACGCCUUUGAGAAAGCGAUUGACAAGAUGAUUAAUGCACAAUACCGCUCGCUCUCUGCGGAAGAACGUCGAACCUGGACGGCCAAGGCAAAGGCCGACAAAGUACGAUACGAGAAGGAGUAUGCGGCUUGGGAUAAGAAAUGGAAUUCUCAAGGCUAG